UUCCUCUCGUCAGUGUGCAGCCAUCCGUCAGGCUUCCCCUUCAGUGUUAAUACGCUGUAGCAUCCCUCAGACAAGGUCGUGCACUUUCGCCUUUCCCCCGUGAUAAACAACCAAAAAAAGUCGCGUUGGUGAGCCGUGGAAGCAGUCAUUGUGUCCCAACCUCCCCACGAGGACGGAGACGAGACGCGGGCACAGCUUGAAAUCGUAGUCAUUUACUGUUGACAGUUAGUAGGAUGGCUAGUUCGCACGUGUUCACUGUAAUGGGUGACUUUAGGCGCGCGAUUGAAAAUGACACUGGAAGCGCGCGAGAAUAUUUCGCCAGGUAAAAACGAGCACGAGGCGAGCUCGCGCCAGACGCGCGAAAAUGAAUUCAACGGCGAGCGAGUAACGGUUGUGAUGUCUUCGUAAUGACUGAAUUUAUCCAGCUGAAUAGCCAACAUUUACAACCCUCGCAAUAAAAUAGCAUCUGUUACCAGACAUUAUGGUAAAAUCGGACAAUUUCGGCUGUGAAGUCUUCAACGGUGACAAGACAGAGGCGGAGGCGAGUCCGACAACGGAGGACUUGGAAAGCGACUGAAAUUCUGGGACCUUCCGUCAUUUGACCGGUUAUCCUUCUCCUUAAAAUAAUCAUCACAGACUCGCAGAGCGAGUCUGUGAGCUGUGCAGUGUGGGACGCUGUCUGCCCCGUUGUCAUCAGACGUCAUGAGCUGGAGCUUCCUGACGCGUCUGCUGGAGGAGAUCCAGCACCACUCCACGUCGGUGGGGAAACUCUGGCUCACUGCGCUAGUUGUCUUCCGCAUCGUACUGACUGCGGUGGGCGGCGAGUCCAUAUACUAUGAUGAGCAGAGCAAGUUUGUUUGUAACUCGGGCCAGCCAGGAUGUGAAAACGUCUGCUACGAUGCCUUCGCGCCACUCUCGCAUGUGCGAUUCUGGGUCUUUCAGAUCAUCCUGUCCGCCAUGCCCUCUCUGCUCUACAUGGGCUAUGCUGCCAAUAAGAUCUCCCACAUUGAGGAAUUGCGGGGCGGUGCGGGGGCCGGAGCUCCAGCCGCGAACGACUCGGCGGGGGGCGGAUACACCCAGCGCAGACCGAAAAUGUACUUUGGUGCACGGCAGCAUCGGCCAGGUCAUGAAGACGGGGAAGAGGAACGCGAGGACGACCCUAUGAUCUACGAAGUGCCUGAGAUAGACAACACACGUCGUGAAUUGGUGCCGCCACGUCCUAAACCCAAAGUGCGCCACGAUGGGCGCCGGCGUAUACGAGAUGAUGGCCUGAUGCGAGUGUAUGUGCUACAGCUGCUGACGCGCUCCGCACUGGAGGCGGGCUUUCUGGCGGGACAGUACCUGUUGUACGGCUUUCGCGUGGAACCAGUCUUCGUGUGCUCAGACAAACCCUGCCCGCACCAUGUGGACUGCUUCAUCUCACGCCCCACCGAAAAAACCAUCUUCCUCCGAAUCAUGUACGGUGUCAGCUGCCUAUGCCUGUUGCUAAACCUAUGGGAGAUGAUUCACCUCGGAGUGGGAUCUAUCCGUGAUGCACUGCGCAAACGAAAUGAAUCAGCCACCGAUGAUGAGUACCAGCUCGGCUUGCUUGCGGCUGGAGGUGUGUCCGUCGGAGUAGGCGGGCCUUCGCUCAGCGAAGGGGAACCAGGAGGCGGAGUUGGGGGUGGCGUACGAGAAGCAGACUAUGUUGGUUAUCCCUUCUCCUGGAACACCCCUUCUGCCCCACCAGGCUACAACAUUGUGGUGAAGCCCGAAACGAUGCCGUACACAGACCUGAGCAACGCCAAGAUGGCUUGCAAGCAGAACCGUGCCAACAUCGCCCAGGAGGAGCAGCAGCAAUACGGCUCCAAUGAGGACAACUUCCCGUCUGCAGGUGAGGCGAGACCACCUCCCAUCAACAAAGAUGUGAUACAGUUAGAGGCGGCCAUUCAAGCCUAUACGUUGCAGCACCAUGCUAGCAAUAACCAUGAUGAGAUGAACGACACCAAUGACAUUGAUGAGAAGCCUCAGAGCAAUAUCACCACAGCACCACAGAAGGAGCGAAAGCAACGGUCCAAGCACGGAAAAUCUGGGAGCGCUGGGAGCAGCAGCAGCAGCAAGUCAGGAGAAGGCAAACCAUCUGUCUGGAUCUGACAUUUGCACGCACACCUGAACAUUACAUUGAACAUUUCUGCAAGGUUUUUUAGACGCUAAAUAUCAUGUGUAUCCUACAGAUUACAAAGACUUGGGAAAAAUGCUGUUUUUUUGAAGUGCUUUCAGUGCCUUAAAGAAACUCCAAGAAUGAGACUGAUUUUUUUUCGUACUAUUUCUUAAUUUUCCUAAAAUAAUCUUGUGCACUCAAGAUUAUGUCGAGCUCUGAGAACAUUCCCUCACAAUCCAGAAAAACCCAUCAAAGCUUGAAACUUUUCAGUGAGUUGAGAAAGUCUUCCGAUCGGAUUCUUUCGGAAGAGCGAUGGCGCUACAAUCCGAUUCCAAACCAGCCGUCUUCCUUUUUCCAGUGUUAAACAAUAACUCUUGCAACACAAUGCCAAGCUAUAACAAUGCAAUGACACACCAAUGCUGUGGUGGUACACUGUGGUCUUUAAGACCCAACAAACAGUCCUGUGAAAUAAGCUGUAAAUCUACAUUCACAAACACACAGUGCAAAUGUUUUCAUAUCUAUGGGUGUGUGAGGAGGCAGUGCCAUGUCUUCCAGUUCUAACGAUUCUCUAAGUUUUGAGAUCUCUGUAGCAUUUCUAUCCACCAAGAUUUGGGAUAUUCAGUUGAUGGAUCCACUUUCUACUCUGUUCUUGUACUAUCCCCUACUGGUGAAGAAAGCAGUUGCAGUCUAGUCUUCUCAGCCAUAUAAAUAUAUACAGGGUCCCUACGGUCUGGGAAAUAACAUGGAAUUUUAAAAGUGUGAUUUCCAGACCUGAAAAAAAAAAGAAAAAUUAAGGAACAUACAUUAAAAUGAAAUUAAAUUCAGUCCUUUACAGUUUUUUUUAAAUAGAACUUAUUCUUUGUGAGUUAAAUCAUUGUGAAAUUAUUUAAAAAACAAAAAAUCAGAAGUUAGGAGGAAAAAUCACAGAAACCCAUUGCUCAUAAAAUGUGGAAAUCCUGUACUUUCAUAUGCAUAUGAAAUUAUUUGUGACCCUGGAGCACAAAACCAGUCUUAAGUAGUAUGGGUAUAUUUGUAGCAAUAGCCAAAAAUACAUUGUAUGGGUCAAAAUAUUAUUAUAAGUAAAUAUCAUGUUCCAUGAAGAUAUUUUGUAAAUUUCCUACCGCAAAUAAAUCAAAACUUAAUUUUUGAUUAGUAAUAUGCAUUGUUAAGAAUUGCAUUUGGACAACUUUAGGUGAUUUUCUAAUUAUUUAGAUUUUUUUUUUUGGCACCCUCAGAUUUCAGGUUUUCAAAUAGUCGUAUCUUGGCCAGAUAUUGUCCUAUCCUAACAAACCAUACAUCAAUGGAAAGUCUUUGUAAACAUUGACCCUUAUGACUGGUUUUGUGGUCCAGGUCACGAUUUUUAUUCAGAUUGACUUGUUAGAAAGCCACUGUGUAUUGUUGGUAUUGCUCUAGUGAACGUGUAUUUAUGGGAACGUCCUACAGCUAAAACGGACUUGAUAUAUUCAAUCCAAGUAGCAGGUCUAACUUGGUUCGGAUGGUUGAAAGGUUGAACAGUGAGACUCUUCAGAUCAUGCAAUGUAGAUAUCUAAGGUUCACACACACUGUGUGAAGAGUCUUCCAUUCUCUCUUACUGCCACAUUCCAACUUGUGAGACUUUUGCCUUUACGUAGGAUGUUUCAAUUUGUGACAAUUGCCAUGGGAGACCAAAUACUGUUUGUCACAAAGACAUCGAGCUACUAUGCAGUCAUGCGGACUGAGGAAAACACGCCAUAGAACACCAUUGUGUGUGCCUGCGUGUGUGCGCUUGCGUGUAGCGGAGGACGAGGCGGCGGGGGAGUGAUUGCAUGAGUGCAUGUGACUAAUAUUUGAUUCAUGAUUUAAAAGAAAAGAACAAACCCUUUACAUAUCAGCAUUUCAGCAGUAUUUAUUGAUGCUGAAGAUUGUGGCAUUAGAUUUGUGGUUUCUAAGCGAGACUUGACUUGUUUGUAUUUUUAAAACAUCCAUUUGGGUUUUUUUUAUUAGCUUUUUUAAUACAUGGAAUUCUAUUCAACAGUUUGAUUCGUUUAUUACGAAAUAGGUUUUGUAGGAUUUUUUAUGAUUUUGUUGCCUUGUAGCAAAACAAAGUAUGUGAUGUAGUCAACCAGUGCAAGUACGUUUCCCAGUGUGCUCGGUGAAUCCUUUUUUUCAUAGUCAUGAUUGAAUAUGAUUUUGCAUGGGAGGGAAAAUAGGAAUGUUUUUAUGGGGAAGUCCAAUGGAAAACUCUAAACAAAGAGGAUUCUGCAAUGCAACUGCUUUGACCUUUCUGUGUGAAUGUGUGUUGGACUUUUCGAACAGCUGUAUAUUGGAGCGUUCCAGAUGGAGUGAGUAUAAGAGACCCCUCUGCCCCACAUCUGAGCACCACUGCGUGUGUUUGCGUUUAAUGUGCGAGUCGGGGUUAGCCGAGGCGAUCCUCAAGAAAAGCCUCUCUCGUACUUUUGUCAGCUGUCUGAGAAAGAAACCGAAGUAGUAAGCUACUUUACUUCAGAGUUUGACACAUCGCUUUGAAAGCAAGCCUUCUCAGCAGGUCACAAUGAAGUUUGACGGCAUUCUUUCUGACGAGCGUGUGUGAAUGUGGGAAUGUGGCAGCAUGCGUUUCUAUUUAUUGCCCUUUCCUGGUUAUCAUCAGGCCACUUUAAAGCCCUAAUGUGUUUGAUAAGACCUUUGUUUGUCCUGACUGGUAUGUGUUUCUAUAAAUGUUGUCACUGUGUUUGAAAAUGAGGGAGAAAAAAACACUUUUAAUGUGCCAAGCUGGAUUCUCCAGCGAUGUACAAUUAUUUCCAAUUUUGGAGAACCCUCUCAUUGGAUUU